AGGGCCGAUAGCACAGAGGUAAGAACAAUAGCUGUCUACCUUGUGGGUUGCUAGCAACAAUAAAACAGAACUACAGUUAACGUGUUUUGGAGAGAGAGGGGCAGGUAACCAUGGCAAUGACAGGUCAGACGUCCUGCUCCUCGAUGAGUAACCACACCAAAGAGCGGGUGACCAUGGCCAAGGUGACCCUGGAGAACUUCUACAGCAACCUGAUUGCCCAGCAUGAGGAGCGUGAGAUGAGGCAGCAGAAGCUGGAGAAGGUCAUGGAUCAAGAGGGACUGGCUGAUGAGGAGAAGCGUAUCCGACGCUCCCAGCACGCCAGGAAGGAGACGGAGUUCCUGCGGCUCAAGAGGACCAGGCUCGGCCUGGACGACUUCGAGUCCCUGAAAGUCAUCGGCCGCGGUGCCUUUGGAGAGGUGCGUCUGGUGCAGAAAAAAGACACGGGUCACGUGUAUGCCAUGAAGAUCCUGCGCAAGGCUGACAUGCUGGAGAAGGAGCAGGUGGGCCAUAUCCGAGCUGAGAGGGACAUCCUGGUGGAAGCAGACAGCCUGUGGGUCGUGAAGAUGUUUUACAGCUUUCAGGACAAGAUGAACCUCUACCUCAUCAUGGAGUUCCUGCCCGGAGGCGACAUGAUGACACUGCUGAUGAAGAAGGACACGCUGACGGAGGAGGCGACGCAGUUCUACAUUGCGGAGACGGUGCUGGCCAUCGACUCCAUCCACCAGCUGGGAUUCAUCCACAGAGACAUCAAACCUGACAACCUGCUGCUGGACUCCAGGGGUCAUGUCAAGCUGUCUGAUUUUGGCCUCUGCACGGGCCUAAAGAAGGCCCACAGAACAGAGUUCUACAGGAACCUAAAUCACAGCCUCCCCAGUGAUUUCACCUUCCAGAACAUGAACUCCAAGCGGAAAGCAGAGACUUGGAAGCGGAACAGAAGACAGUUGGCCUUCUCCACAGUGGGCACCCCCGACUACAUCGCCCCCGAAGUCUUCAUGCAGAAUGGGUACAACAAGCUCUGUGAUUGGUGGAGCCUGGGAGUCAUCAUGUAUGAGAUGCUGAUUGGUUACCCUCCCUUCUGCUCGGAGACACCCCAGGAGACCUACAGGAAGGUGAUGAACUGGAGGGAGACACUCACCUUCCCUCCUGAGGUUCCCAUCUCAGAGAAGGCCAAAGACCUCAUCCUCAGGUUCUGCUGUGAGGCGGAGCACCGCAUUGGGGCCACAGGUGUGGAGGAGAUCAAGGGUAACCCUUUCUUCCAGGGUGUGGACUAUGACCACAUCAGGGAAAGACCAGCCGCCAUCCCCAUUGAAAUCAAAAGUAUCGAUGACACUUCCAAUUUCGACGAGUUCCCAGAUUCAGACAUCCUCCAACCAACAGCUGCCCCGGCAGUCAAUCACUCGGAGGCAGACCUGAAGAACAAGGACUGGGUCUUCAUCAACUACACAUACAAACGAUUUGAAGGGCUGACAGCAAGGGGAGCCAUUCCCUCUUACAUGAAGACAGGGAAGAGGUAG